UUAAACAUUAAGUCAUGUGGAAAAUCAUGAUCUAUUUUAUAAAUCAGUGACCUUAAUGAAAUAUUCUGCAAAAAUAAUCCAGCUGUGCAUGGAGUGCAGUGGUGUUACUGUCACCACCAUGACGUUUAUUUUCCUCUCUCAGCUUGUCCCCGAGUGUUUAUUACUCUCUCUCUUUACCAUGAAGGACACAUUUUAAUUUAUUAAUGAAGGACACUCUUCAUGUUCAAAUAAUCUCAGCGGCUCAAGAAAGAAGCGUAAACUCCUCUGUCCUGAAGAUGUGGAGAACGUACACUGUUGAAUAGCUGGAGCUGCUGCGCGAGCGUGAGGUUAUACCGCUGCAUGCUACGCUAGCUAGCGUUAACUCUAGCCUCAUCUCUGAGGUGCACGCUGGAGUCUGUGACAUUGUGCUUUGAGGUUUAAUCACACUGUGAUUCUUGUGAAACUACGACCACCUGCAUCUGAUCUCAAACACUCCAUUCUUUAACACACUCCACUUUCACUCAGUGGUGAUGCAGGUGCCAAAAGUUAUUCAUACCACCCACCUUUGCCUGUUCCAUUUCACUUUCAUUUCCUCUCUGUGGUUCGGUGUGUUCCAUCCGCUUACUGUAAAUCCCCCAAAGCCACCAGACGAGUAACAGCAGAGAGGAGGGAAAAACACGGAGGGAAAAGUCCAGCCAAUCAGAGUGAGUGUGGGCGGAAGAGUAUAAAGUGCAGAGAUGUUUCAUUCACACACACAACUACAACCCUGCGGCACUAAACACACACACACACACGCUUUAGUGUAUUAUAUUAUAUUAUUAUGUUACUGAAACACAGAAACAGUAGGAGUGAGAGAAUGGAUGAGAACCUAAAGAUUUUGUUCUUCUGCAGAGGCUGUGAGGAACCGUACGUCCAGAUCGUCACGGUGAGGAAGGGGAAGCGUUCCCCGAGUGUGUGCAGCUCUCAGUGCGUGUCCACAUCUGAGGACGAGGACACGGAGGACACACUCCCUGUGCUGACGCAGGACAGUCACAUCCUCAGGGAACAUCACCUAGAGAAGUUAGCUCCACAUCUCCCGGCUCGUCUUCACUGUUCUCCCUGGCAGCUGGUUUACAGCACAGAGAUUCACGGCACCAGUCUGAAAACUCUGUACAGAAAAACAGCUGAAAUCCAACAACCUGUACUGCUGCUGAUACAGGACACAUACAACCAGGUAUUCGGAGCGUUCUCCUCAGACUCCUUCAGAGUGAGUGAUUGCUGCUAUGGAACUGGAGAGACGUUCCUCUUCACAUUCAGCCCUGAGUUUAAGAUGUUCCGGUGGAGUGGAGAAAACUCGUACUUUGUGAGAGGAUUCCUGGACUCUCUGCAGCUGGGAGCAGGGGGAGGCCCGUUUGGCUUGUGGUUAGACUCAGAUCUUCUCCGUGGCUCAACAUUUUCCUGUAAAACCUUCCGUAACACUCCUCUGUCUCCUCAACAUGACUUCAGAGUGCAGGCGCUCGAGGUGUGGAGCUUCCAGUGAACACGAGAACCCACAAAAGAACCUCAUCCUGUGUGUGUGACAUUUAUUAGUGUGUAGGAAAAAGCCUGUAAAUACUGUGUAAAUAGUAAUAUAGUGUACAGUUUUAUAUUUCCUGUGUGCAU